UUUGAUGCCAAUGAAAGGCAAUGGGGUCCAAAUCAACUUGGACCCUAUUGAGAUUCAUGAAAAAAAAAAAAACGAUAAUUUUUUUUCACAGAAGAAUGAUAGUCAAACCGGUUAUUGACAUGACAGAAUUAGGACUAUCCCUUUAACUCAAAUAACCAGGAAUUUCCUUAUCAACGAACAUUUUUUUCAAGAUCUAUGAUGGGCCUAUCCACUUGCAGGAUGUAAAACAAUUGUCUACUUAAAAAGUCUUUAACCAAUUUAAGAAAGAAUUCCCUGACAAGAACACCUGUCCUAAAAUCUUUUAGACCUUCAUUAGGAAGUCUAUAGUUGUUUUUUUCUGGCUAAGCUAAACAAUAUUUGUGUGAGUGUGCUUAUUUGCUCAGAUUGGCUUCGUAUCUGGUUACAGGCCACCCGUGGAGUCUAAUGAGGACUAUGGUAAUGACACACACAGGGCCUCACCUGAUCCUCCAGUUCACCUGCUGUGGUUACGUGAGCCAGGAGGCACAUGGCUGUUAAACUCUGUGGAAUACAGCAAAAGGCCUACUCUUCUCUCGGUUUCAAGCUAAAAGAGGUCAUGAUGUGAGCGGUGGGCUGGACGUUUGAGACGUUACGUCACCGGACUCAGACAAGAACAUUCUGUUCUGAGGUCAAAACAUCAGUCCUCAAACAUGCUCAAACAGAACCCUGCCUUAUGUAAUGUCACGAUGUACUGUAAUGCUUUUGACAUGGACACUGAUGCAGAAGGGAAUGACAGCCCAAACAAAAGCAGACUCAACCUAAAUACCUCAGAACAUACGUGUCCCAUCGAGAUGUACUGUUCCUUUUCUAAUUGGGUAAAACUGGAUUAGUAGAUGUUUCUCUACACCCGCUGAUUAACGCUGGACACAAUCCUUUGAAAGGAAAGAGUUUUUUACCCACUAUUUCUGCAUUCCAGAUGCCUGUAAGGGGAGGGGAGGGGGAUAUGGGAUAUGUAACACCCCCACAAACCUCACUUCCCAGCAGCGGCGUGUUUUCACAUUCCAAAACUGUGAGAUCAUUUUCCACUGUAGCCCUCAGAAUAAUGUCUAUUCAGUGGCCCUAACAACAAGGUCCUUCAUAUGGUACCAAUCGCACAGCCUACGAUAGAGCCUUCGAGCUCUGUACCGCAACAACAACAACAACAACAAACAGACUCCAGUCUGUAAACUCUACUUAUGCCAUAUUGUCAGGGGGAUCUUUGAUUUCAUCUGUGAAUGAGCGUGUCCCUUCUCAGUUUCACAAAUGUUUUUGUAUUCUACAGAGACUGCAGGAGGGAGAGAGGGAGACAGAAACAGGGAACACUAAAGCCAGAUAUCAAAGGAUAAAGGAAACCAAACACCAUUCUGAGCACAAAGCUCUCAUUGACAGCAUCAGCAUUCUUUCUUAAAAGCCGAAACCUGUUCAUUCUCAUUCUCACAGAAAUUCUAGAAUCAGCUGUUUUAAGAUUCUAGGACUUUUUGUACAACUUCAUGUUCUGAGGCAAAAAAAAAAUCGUUGUAAUCUGACAGAGACAAACUUUACAUCUGCAUUUCAUUUCCAUAUGUCAGAGGAGUGUCCUGGAAUUACCAUCUUCCUUAUUCCUUAUGGCUCAAACAAUGCUAGCACACCCCUAUAUGAAAAAUACCUUUCAGCGUGGGAGGAAGUGAACGCAUGCCACCGUCAAUACAAAUCUACUUGCUUUAUGGUUUAACACACCAAGUGUUUGAAUUUGAAGCAUUUAAAGAACGUAAACUUUGUUGGGUGUGCUCGCGCACCUUUGGUUUUCAAAUGAAUGUAAAUGGGUUGAGAAGGAAUGACAUUGAAAGUUUGCUCAGAACAUACACUGCAGCUUUGUUCCAAGGACAAUUGUGUUCUGUCAGUGCUGCAUUCAUUAUGUUCCCACUUCCCAGAAACGACUAGUGUUUUGUCCAUGAAAAAUUCAGUGAUUAAAAAAUACCAAAAGCACCAUUUUGGUAUACAUACUUUAAAUAGGCCUAUUCCUUCUUAUUGGCCAUCAAAGGAAAUUUGGAUAUGGGAAUUCUCGUGUGUCUGUGUCUGUGUGUGUGUGUGUGUGGGUGGAUGAAAGAGAGAUCUGCAUGGGUGGCCUUUCAUAGACGUGUACUUUAACCUUUGUAUCACACCAGGAGAGGGAAAACAAGCAGAACCAUGGCAUUCACAUGAUCUUGACCUCUUGGGGAAUUCUUCCUGCAACCUGCAAGUUUAUUUUAAUCAUUGCCAAAAUACAAUGAAUUAAGGUAUUGUUAAUUUCCAGCCCUGUAAUCAGUCCAUGUUAUCUCAUUUAAAGGAAUGGAGUUUGACAAAGUGUUGUUGUUUUGUAGUGAAUUGAAUUUCCCAUGUAAUAUGGUAAUGAGUUUCCUUUCUCUGUUUUUCCCCAUGGACUUUUACAAUUUUUUUUAAAUGAUUAAAUUGGUUUGGCCUUGGUAUUUUCCCCUCAGCUCCUCAAAGGUAAAGUAGACAUGGGAUUGAUGAUUUUGAUGUUCAAUUUCAUUAAAAUAUUUUGUCUUUAAAAGGAAUGGCAUAUAGUUUGGCAGCAAUUCCGUAUCAUGUUAAAAAAAUAACCAGAGCGUUUUUGGCUAAUCUGUCCCACAUUUAUCCUGCAGUGGUGCAGAUUCAGACUUAAUCAACUCAACAGGAUCGAUUAUUGAGUGACACAUUUCUGCAAAACAUAAUGAGUCUAUCAGUGUAACUUGCAUUCUUAUGGGUGAAAAAAAAAGAUUAUGUUGAAGACAUUUUUGAAACAUCUUUUGGUUCAUGACAUGCCAAAAGGCAAAAUGAUCAAGUUGGAAUGUUGUUUCCGUGUGUGCUUAAUAUGUAGGCCUACAGUAAAAAUAUUUGAAAAAUGUUAUCUGGUGUCAUUGAGAUUUUUUGAAGGGCUAUGUUCAAAUGAGUAAGCAAAUGACAUUGCAAAUUAUUGAUACAUAUAUGAGUUAUGAAGUUCACAACAUUUGACAAAGUGCACUAAACAGUUCUCAGAGUUCAAAAGUUCUCUUAACAUUCACAAUUAGUUUUUUUUAAUGCUCAACAACAUUCGUCAAGCAUAACAUAUCCACUUUGUCACAUAAAUAGAUAGUGUUUAUUUUUAUUUUUUUCAACCAUUUAUAGAAACAUAUUGCUGAACCUUGAAUGCUAAUGAUCCAUGAACACAACUUUAACAACAAGGAGAACAGCAACCACCCAUCACACCUUUUCACAAAUGAUUAAUUUUAACAGCUUUGGUGAAUAUAUGUUUCAGGUUAUGCCCGACAUUAAAUGUAGCCAAUCAUUUGGAAAAUGCUGCUUUUUGUAAGUGCAGAUUUAAAAUAUAACAUUAUUUAUAUCCUCUUUAUCCAAUUGGCUAAUAGCUAUAGGCUAGCUAAGUUAGGGGAAAAAAUACUCAUGGCAAAUCAUUGGUGAAAAUGUGUAGGAAAACUACAUUACUAUAUAUUUCAUAGUAUAUAUCUUUCUGAUGUCAUUUGACUAAGCUGUGUGACAUCUGGUGUCACAAAGUUUCUAAAAAUGAACUUAUAUAAUCAUUUCCCAACACGAGGACGAGGGUACUUUAGUUCAGACGUCCUCACUUAAGCUCUGUCUCCACCUGGUGGCCGCGGUAUGAAUUCUCAUCUUCCAUUUCUAUUAGUUUGGUCUGGAAAUAGACCCCUACAUCGAUUACUCUCUUAAUGCCACAUUAGACUAGUGAGUCUAACGUUUAUUCUGUCAUGCUGGCAUGAGCUGAUAAUAAUUUGAAAACCUUCAAUUUAUUAACCUGAUGAUACAGUAAAGUUUUGCUUUGCUCUACAGAUUUGAGUCCUAUCCUGAAAUCUGGUCUCAAUUUAACCCUGCUCUAUUUGAACUUGUCAUGUCAUUCAUUUUAUUAUAAAUACGUAUCUGAUUGUCUUUACAUAUCUGAUUGAUAGUGAAAUAUAUUUAGGUGUCAGGAUGAGUUUAGCUUUCAGCAGGGCUCCUCGAAAGACUGCGGGAAACCGCAUGUCCAGACUUCUGGAUGCAGAAGAGGAGGAUGAGUUCUACAAGACCACCUAUGGAGGAUUUCACGAUGAAUCAGGUGAUGAAGAGUAUAAGGGUGAUCGGUCUGAAACAGAAGAUGAGGUGGACAGUGACUUUGACAUUGAUGAAGGGGAUGAACCUGACAGCGAGCAGGAGGAGGACGGGCCACGUCGGAAGAGCAGAGUGGUGACCAAAGCCUAUAAGGAGCCCGUUAAAGUGGUGCGGCCAAAACCAAAACAACGUAAACUGGCUGAACUGCCUAGGAGGACAGACAAGACAAAGAUCGACAAAUACAACCCCCCUGAACUACAGGAGGACAUCAGCAAGAACAGGAAGUCUGUUCGUCAGUCCACGACCGAACACACACGGCUGACGUACCUGAGGCUGCAAGAGAGGCAGGUUGCUCCACGUCGAAGGAAGGGUACUAGACAUGAGCGACCUUUGACCCAGGCUGAACUUUUGGCAGAAGCCAAGGUCACAGCUGAGAUCAACCUUCGAUCGCUGGAAAACUAUGAGCGUUUGGAGGCAGACAAGAAACGACAGGUUCAUAUGAAGCGUCAGUGUGUGGGUUCUGUUAUCCGAUAUCACUCGGUGCUCAUGCCCUUGGUGUCGGACGUCACUCUUAAAGAGGAAAACGUGGAUGUAGAGGGUUUGGACCAAGAUGCCCUGCAGAAUCCAGGCCCUCACCUUCCACAAGCUCUUUCCCAGUCAGUAUCAACCCUUACUGCCCCACCUAGUGUCCUGUCCACUAACACAGCUGCUGUAAACCCUGCCAAAUGCUCCCGCACCUACAUCACAUUCAGUGAUGAUGAAUCUUUCCUGCGUUUCUUUCCCCAGUCCCCAGCUCCUCGAAUUCCUGUCCAGGAGGUCUGCCCUGUUACCCAUAAGCCAGCACUUUACAGAGACCCCAUCACGGACAUUCCAUACGCUAAUGUACAAGCCUUUAGGAUAAUCCGGGAGGCUUAUAAAAAGUAUGUGACUGCCCACGGACUGCCCUGCACGGGCACAGUGACUCCAGCCGAUACCACUGCAAAGAAUCUGCGGCAAAAGAUCAUUAUUAAACAAGGGAUGUAGAAAAAUACAGAAUAUUCAUCUAUCUAUCUAUCUAUCUAUCUAUCUAUCUAUCUAUCUAUCUAUCUAUCUAUCUAUCUAUCUAUCUAU